CCAGGCUGGGGCGCCUAGGGCUGAGCUUCUAAAAGCGGUGCCAGCUGGACUCUCAAGCUGUCCCUUCCUGCUCCUUACCUCCUACGCGACUGCCGGGAAUCUUUGCCACCCUGCCAGCAUGUCUCAGGCUGAGUUUGACAAAGCCGCAGAGGAGGUUAAGCACCUCAAGACCAAGCCUGCAGACGAUGAGAUGCUUUUCAUCUACAGCCACUACAAACAAGCGACUGUGGGAGAUGUGAAUACAGAACGGCCUGGAAUGUUGGACUUCAAAGGCAAGGCCAAGUGGGAUGCCUGGAAUGAGCUGAAAGGGACUAACAAGGAAGAGGCCAUGAAAGCUUACAUCAACAAAGUCGAAGAGCUAAAGAAAAAAUACGGAAUGUAAGAGACUAGAUUUGGUUGCCAGCCAAAUGGUUAACCUAAAUUGAUACGAUGCCUUGUUUUUUCUAAUACUGUGGAUGAUGUGAAAUAACCAGUUAACCCAGUUCCUCAAGGCUGCUGAGGAUACAGCUCCAACAUAUUAGGGACUAAAAUGAUUACUGACCUUCUCUAAGUAGUUUUUAUCUGAAAUGAAUUAAAAGUGUAUUUGUUACUUUAA